GCGUGCCUCGGGCGCUCGUGAGCGCUAUCUCCGAGCUAUCUUUGAAGGGCGCCACAGUCGGCGCCUUCGCUGUAGCUUUUGCGCCCGCUGCGGCCGCCGCCUUCGAGCAUCACCCCUACGAGCCAGAGAUGAUCCUGCAGCUGUGUGGAGCGCAAUUCAGACAGUACGACAUCUCUACGGUCAGCGGCGGCUUCCGCACCGUGACGGCGCCUUACUCGGGCAUGGCGGAUGUGCCCGACUGGGUCCAGAAAUAUGUUGAUUGCUCGUGGCGCCACGAGGGCAUGUCGCUCUUGGAGUGGCUUCGAAAGACUACUGACGACGGCGCCAUCGCUGGAUGGCUGAAGCGCAAGCACAAGCAGGAGCUGGUGUUGGCCCUGUACAGGCGGUACCGCGCGACCUUGCCCGAGGGCGAGGAGCCCCAGGCGCUCGACGCUCACUGGCGCUUCCUGCGCGCUGAGUACAAAGGCAUGGCCGAUGCUGAUGGCGGAGGUAGCGGGAACAGUGACAAAGCCUCCGACGCCGAAGACGAGGAGCAGCCGAAGACCUUCGAGGAGUUCCUCGCGAAGAAGCGCAGAGACGAAAAGAGCGAGGGCGAGGGCGACUUUCCGAACCUCGAGGAGUUCGCGCGAGCCUACCGCAUGCAGGGCGAGAAGGUGGUCAGCGUCGACACGGUAUACGAGCUCAACGACCGCUACUACGGCCAGUGGGCUGCAAUGAACGCGCCGUUCCGAUCGCUCGACGAGCUCGAGUUCGAGGAUGUCAAUCGCCUGGUUCCGCAGAAAUACAAGUAUCUCGCGGCGGCGCUGCGACUGUGCUCUGACCAGGGCCGCGUCGCUGAAGAGCACCAUGACUUGUUCACCGAUGACAGGCGGCUCGUGGACUACAUGAGCGCUUCCGCGAAGUCCAGCAAGUUCACCGAGGCCGACGAGAAGGCCGCGGCCGACGUCGAGGCCGCCGUCAUCGGCAACCGCAGGCCAGCGCGCGACGAGGGCCAGGAGGAGGUCGACUUCAACCCGAAGCAGCUGCAGCUGGAGGAGGCGAUCAACGAGCGCGUGGACCGCGCGGUGCGGGCAGAGCUGUCGGAGGACUGGGAGGAGGCCGACGAGGCGCGCGAGGAAGCCUACAAGAAGAACACGCCCGUAAUCUGCUUAGGAAAACCUGGAACUGGGAAGACCACCGUGGUAAAGUUCUGCAUUCGGCGCGCCCAGGAGCAAGGCGCGCGCGUGCUCUUCGCCCUCCCGACGGCGCAGCUGUCCAGCCGCAUGAGAGCCGCGCUGCAAGACCUGGAGGGCCUAACGGUGGACACGUGCCACGCCGCAUUCAAGCUGCACGAUCCAAUCACAGAGAGUCUUCACAGGAUGACGGACUUCGACUUGGUGGUGGUUGACGAGGUAUCGCUGCUGAGUUGCGAAAGCUUCGAGCGCAUCCUGAAGCUCUGGAGCGUUGCGGGGAAAGUCCCCGCGCUGGUCUUCCUCGGAGACAAGCACCAGCUCCCUGGGGUGGAACCGACACGUCCUUGGGAGAGUGCCGCAUGGAAGCGGCCGCGCUGCUUCCUCGUGAAGCUCACCGAGACCUGGCGGUGCAAGGAGGAACGCUUCCAGGAGAUCCUGGACGAGCUUCGGACAGACAAGCCCUCCAAGGAGACGUUCCGCAAGAUCGUGCGCGACCACAAGGCGUGGAAGAGCAGAGGCGACCCCACGCCCGCCGAAAUGAAGAAGCUCUUCGAGAAUCACCCAGACACGCGGAUCGUCACCUGCACGCGCAGGGGCGCUGCGGCCGUGAACGAAGCGGCAGUCGCUGCGCUGUACGGCCGCAAGACCCCGCUGGCCAGGCUGGACGGCGACGUGGAACUCAACCCCGAGAACUACCUGAAGGGCAAUGCGGUCUACUUUCCGAUUCGUCUCGGCUACGCCAGCACCAUCGACAAGGUGCAGGGCGACGAGUUCCCCCACAUCACGAUAUACCUGGACGGCCGCGUUGCAACGUCGGAUGAUUACUUGAUCGGCGGCUUCGUGGAGCGCGACAACUUCAUACCCGCGUUCUGA